UAAAACACCGGAACUGUCGCGGGCUUAUUUAUUCAGAAAAGGGAUAUUGAAGUAUUGAAGAUCGCUAUUAUAUUAAUCGAUCGGCGAACGGGUGUUUUCGGUGGACCGGAGGAGUUUCUUUAUAAAAUCGCGUUCAAGUCGGUAUUUGAUUUCUGCGCGCGUAUUGUGUGUGAUAUAAAUUAAUUAACAAUGAAAAAGGAAAUUCGAUACAACAUUAAUGGAAAAAUAAUUACAUUAGCUUUGGUAGGAGUUAUACUGGUAUGCUGCUCUUGUUUGAUGUAUUUCUACGAUCCAUUGCACAUGAUAGUGCUAAAGUUGCUGGAAAUGAAACCUGGAACGAUGUUCUUUAAGCUGUGGGAGAACCCGCCUUAUGAUGUUAAGAUGAGGCUAUACAUAUUCAACGUAACUAAUCCAGAGGAGUUUCUACGAGGCGAGGAAAAACUGAAUGUCACUGAAGUUGGUCCUUAUUGUUACAAAGAGCUUUUGAGUAACCAGAAUUCAACGUACAACGAAGAGGAAGGUAUUCUAACUUUCUAUCCCUUUCGAAAGUUUGUUGUCGAUGAAGAAUGUUCGGUCGGUAACCCUAAAUUAGAUAAACUAGUCGUUCCUAAUAUUCCUCUAUUGGGUAUCCAAAGUUUCCUGACCGAUUCCUCGUUUAUAACCAAUCUGGGAUUCGCUACUUUAAGCGCCACUAUGGGAGCGGAGUCGUUCAAAUACAUCACAGUGGAUGAAUAUCUGUGGGGGUACGAGGAUAAGCUCGUCACCAUGGCAAAUCAAUUCAUUCCAAGCUGGAUAGAUUUCCAAAAAUUCGGAAUAAUGGAACGGUUAAUUUCAAGAGACAACGGAAACGAAGUAGUGAUGGUAUUGGAACCGGGAAAAAGAAAAUCCCGUUACGAAAGGCUAUUAACAUACACUGAAGAGAUGGCUCCAUAUCACAUUGUCACGUGGAACGGUAUAGAAGGGCUAACGGAAUGGGGAUACAAUCCUGACGAUGAUGCCAUCGGUACAACAAAAAAAUGCGAAUUAGUCGAAGGAGAUUUCGACGGGACCAUUUAUCCUAGACCUAUGAGGAAAACCAGCAUAACCAUGUUCAGGAAAGCUUUCUGUCGACCGGUGGUGCUCGAGUAUACGAACGAAGGAACAACCCCGCAGGGUUUCAGAGUAUACAAUUACGAAAUGCCUAGAAAUUUGUUCGCCUCUCCCGAAGAAAACCCGAACAACGAGUGCUAUUGCGUUAAUAAAGAUUGCCCCAAAAACGGCCUGCAGAACAUAGGCAGCUGCUACUACGAUAUACCUAUAGUUCUAUCGCAACCUCAUUUCAUUUACUCUCCCAAAGAGAUUAUUAACGCUGUUAACGGUUUGAAUCCCGAUCCGAAGAAACAUAAAAGCAUAGCUAGAAUGCAACCGGAUUUGGGAAUUCCUCUUGACGGAUCCGCGUUAAGAAUACAAGUUAAUGUUGGUGUUAAAGAUACCAAAUACAACACCAAAACGAAACCUUUCAACAACCUCACCGUGCCGUUGUUGUGGAUAGAUUUAUCCUGUUCGGAACUUCCAUCUUUUGUUACUUUCCUUCUCAAAGUAGUGAUAGACGUUCUGCCAGUAGCACAGAAGGUUUUGGUGUAUCUUUUCGGCAUUCUAGGUUUUGCGCUAAUAUCUGGUGCGGCUAUGUUAACGUUAUUUUUUACAAAAACUGUAAUUCCAAGAUCGAUGAGCAUAGUAUCGGAAUACUCUCCAGUUCCUAUAAUUACGAUUCCCGCGCAGUAUUUUAAAGAGAAAGAAAGAAGGAUGUGGACUUAGACUUAUGCAAUUGAUAUACAAAAGCGAUCUGCCGGUGGUUCUCGUUUAUUCGGAAAGUAUUACCUUCAAUUAAUGUUAAAAAUCCACUGAAGUCAGAUUGCUGGAUUAAGAAAAGUAUAGUGUGGCGCCUGUGACGUAAUAGAGACUGACG